UUCCGUGACGUCACAUCGCCCCGCCGGUUCCGUCGCUGUCCUGAGCCGGCUCCGGCAUUCCCGGGCGCGCCGCUGCCGGGGCCGGUUCUGGGCCGGGAUCGGCGCUUGUCCUGGGGCUCGUUCGCCGGAGAACGAGCGUCCUAAAGAGGUGUCCCCAGUGAAGAUGGAGCCCCGAGAGUCCUUCCCAGCCCUGCUGCAGCCACAGGUCACCGUGGUGGCCACCCUGGGCGACCUGCUGGCCACCCUGCUCAGACUGGACGAGGAGAUGCUGCUGCCCGUGUCCUCAUUGCGCCUGCACUGGGACCUGGAGGAAUUCACCAGGGAGCUCCGGGCCACCCUGUGCGGCAUGGAUGAGACCUCGUGGUGCCACAAUAACACCUCCGAUGGUGAUGACCCUCCCACCUCCCUGAGCCGGGCCCUGGCCGCCUACGAGCACACCCCAUGGACCCGCCUGGACGAUGUGACAGUGGCAGCAAUCAUGUGUCAGGGGUCGGUGUUUGUGCUUGUGGACAGAUGGGCAGAGCUGGCCAGGAAGGCCACCAAGCUCCACAACACCUGCAGGAGGGCGGCCACUGAGGUGGCCGACAUGGUGGUCACCGCCUGGGCCAGGGAGCUGCCGUCCGAGGCUGCCUGUAUGAGGGAACAGGCCAGGGUGGCUGCCAGCCAGGCAACCAGGGCCACCAUGGUGAAACAGCGGGUGGAGAAGGCUCUGGGGCUGCUGGAGCGCUUGGUGGCCGUGUGUGAUGAAGCCACUGCGGUUCCCCGGGCACUGCAGCGCCUGCUCAGGGACGUCGAGGCUGCCCUGAAGGGGACAAAUGAGGCGUCCCCCAAAGUCCCUGAUGCCUUGGUGGCCAAGGUAGCUGACUCCGAGUGCCUGUGGGAGGCCAACGCCCACCUGGCCAAGGAUCACCUGCUGGGGGCUGUUGAUGACAUCAUCAGGUUCUAUUUCACUGCUGGUCCCGCCAGCCCCCGUGCCUGUGAGGUGGCCGAGCGGUGCCAAAGAGCCAGCAAGGACAUCCCAAGGCUCCUUCGACCCCAGGAGUGUCCCCAAAGCGUCCCCAAGGUGUCCCCAGUGAGCAUGGAGCCCCGAGAGCUGGCCCUGGCCCUGCUGCAGCCACAGGUCACCAUGGUGGCCAUCCUGGGCCAGCUGCGGGUCACCCUGCACAGUCAGCACAGGAAGAUGCUGCUGUUCGAGUCCCCAAAGGACCUGGACUGGGACCUGAAGGAAUUCACCGAGGAGCUCUGGAACACCCUGGGCACUGAUGACUCCUGGGAUGAUGAUGAGCUUUCCACCUCUAGUGAUGAUGACCCUCCCACCGCUGAUGAUGAUGAUGAUGCUCCCAGCCCUGAUGAUGAUGAUGCUCCAAGCCCUGAUGAUGAUGAUGCUUCCACCUCUGAUAAUGAUGACCCUCCCACCUCCAGAGAUGAUGGCUGUGCCACCUCCCUGAGCCAGGCUCUGGCUGCCUACAAGAGCAGCCCAGGGGUGCACUGGAACCGUGUGACAAUGGUGGCCAGGAAGUGGUACAGGUCGCUGGAUCUGCAGGUGUUCAUGUGGGCUGAGCUGGCCAGGGCAGCCACCAGGCUCCGCAACACCUGGAGGGAGGUGGCCACCAAGGCGGCCGACAGGGCGGCCACCAUCACUGCCCGGGCCAGGGAGCUGCAGGCCGAGGCUGCCCGUUAUGGGACAGCUCAGGAAAACAUGGUGGAGCUGGGUCAGGCCCUGGGCGGGGAGGAGGGGGCCGAGGGGGUGGCUGGGCGUGAAGCCCAGGUGAGGAGAGAUGCCUGGGUGGCUGCCAGCCAGGCAACCAGGGCCACCAUGGAGAGACAGCGGGCGGAGGCGGCCCUGGGGCUGCUGGAGCGCUUGGUGGCCGCGUGUGACAAAGCCACCGCCUUCCCCCGGGAGCUGCAGCGCAGGGUUAGGGCCAUCAAGGCCGCCCUGAAGGGGACAAAUGAGGUGUCCCCCAAUGUCCCUGAGGACUUGGUGGCCAAGGUGGCCGUGGCCGAGCGGCUGUGGGAGGCCAACGCCCGCCUGAUCAAGGAUCACCUGGAGGGGACACUCGCCGACAUCACAGAGUUCAAGGAUGUUCCCCACAGACCCUGUGAGGUGGCCGAGCUGUGCCAAAGAGCCAUCGAGGACAUCCCAAGGCUCCUUCGACCCCCGGAGUGUCUCCAAGGUUUCCCCAAAGUGUCCCCAAUGAGCGUGGAGCUCCAAGAGCUGUCCUCAGCCCUGCUGCAGCCACAGGUCACCGUGGUGGCCAUCCUGGGUGAGCUGCUGGGCACCCUGCCCUGGCUGGACAAGAUGUGGCCCAUGUCCCUACAGUGCCUGUACUGGGACCUGGAGGAAUUCACCAGGGACCUCUGGGCCACCCUGUACCAUAUUGAUGACACCUGGUGGCGCCGCAGUGUCACCUUUGAUAAUGAUGACCCUCCCACCUCCCUGAGCCAGGCCCUGGCCGCCUACAAGAGCACCCCAGGGACCUCUCAGAGCCGUGUGACAAUGGUGGCCAGGAAGUGGCUGGGGUGGGUGUCUGUGCUUGUGCACAGCUGGGCCGAGCUGGCUAGGGAGGCCACCAAGCUCCACAACACCUGGAGGGAGGUGGCCACUGUGGCCACCACGAAGGUGGCCACCACCACGACCCGGGCCAUGGAGCUGCAGGCCGAGGCUGCCCGUUAUGUGAUAGCUCAGGAAAACAUGGUGGAGCUGGGUCUGGGCCUGGGCCAGGAGGAGGACGAUGAGGUGGUGGCCAGGCAUGAAGCCCAUGUGGGGGAAGAGGCCAGGGUGGCUGCCAGCGAGGCAACCAGGGCCACUGAGGAGAAGCAGUGGGUAGAGGCGGCCCUGGGGCUGCUGGGGCGCUUGGUGGCCGCGUGUGACGAAGCCACCGCCUUCCCCCGGGAGCUGCAGUGCCUGCUCAGGGACAUCAAGGCCACACUGAAGGGGACAAAUGAGGCUUCCUCCGAUGUCACCAAGGACUUGGUGGCCAAGGUGGCCAAGGCUGAGCGGCUGUGGGAGGCCAACACCUGCCUGGCCAAGGAUUACCUGGUGGGGACACUUGAUGACAUCAUCGACCGCUAUUUCAAUUAUGGUCCCGACAGCCCCCAUUGCCGCAGGGUGGCCAAGCGUUGUCAAAGAGCCAUCGAGGACAUCCCAAGGCUCCUUCGACCCCCAGAGUGUCCCCAGAGCAUCCCCAAGUUGUCCCCAGUGAGCAUGGAGCCCCAAGAGCUGUCCCUGGCCUUGCUGCAGCCACAGGUCAUCGUGGUGGCCAUCCUGGGCAAGCUGCUGGCCAACGUGCCCAGUCUGGACGAGGAGUUGCUGCUCGUGUUCCCAGGGUGCCUGUACAGGGACCUGGAGGAAUUCACCUGGGAGCUCCAGUUCACCCUGUAUCGCAUCGAUGACCCCUGGUGGCGCCACAAUGUCACGUCCGAUGAUGAUAAUCCUCUCACCUCCCUGAGCCGGGCCCUGGCCGCCUACAAGAGCACCCCAUGGACCACCUGGCAUGAUGUGAUAGUGGUGGCCAGCGAGUGGCAGGGUUCGGUGUCUGUGCUCGUAGAGAGAUGGGCCCAGCUGGCGAGGGCAGCCACCAAGCUGCGCAACACCUGCAGGGAGGUGGCCGCUGUGGUGGCCGACACGGUGGCCUUCCACACCGCCCGGGCCAGGGAGCUGGAGGCUGAGGUUGCCCGUUAUGGGACUGCUCAGGAAAACAUGAUGGAGCUGGAUCAGGCCCUGGGUGGGGAGGAGGGGGCCGAGGUGGUGGCCAGGCCUGAAGCCCAGGUGAGGAGAGAGGCCAGGGUGGCUGCCAGCACGGCAACCAGGGCCACCAUGGAAAGACAGCGAGUGGAGGAGGUCCUGGGGCUGCUGGAUCCCUUGGUGGCCACGUGUGCUGAAGCCACCGCGUUCCUCCAGGAGCUGCAGCGAAGGGUUGGGGACAUCAAGACCACCCUGGAGGGGACAAAUGAGGUGUCCCCCGAUGUCCCCGAGGACUUGGUGGCCAAGGUGGCCGAGGCCGAGCGGCUGUGGGAGGCCAACGCCCGCCUGGCCAAGGAUCACCUGCUGGGAGCAGUUGACAUCAUCACCACGUUCUUGUUCACUGGUGGUCCCACCACCCUCAGGGCCCCUGAGGUGGCUGAGCGGUGCCGAAGAGCCACCGAGGACAUCCCAAGGCUCCUUCAACCCCCGGAGCGUCCCCAAGGUGUCCCCAAGGUGUCCCCAGUGAGCAUGGAGCCCCAAGAGCUCUCCCCGGCCCUGCUGCACCCACAGGUCACCAUGGUGGCCACCCUGGGCGAGCUGCUGGCCACCCUGCCCAGUGAGGACGAAAUGAAUCUGCUGCUCACAUCCCCAAGGGACUUUUACUGGCAGCUGAAGUUCUUCACCUGGGAGCUCCGGGAUAUCCGGGACCGCAUUGAUAACCCCUGGAGGCGCCGCAGUGUCACCUAUGAUGACGAUGACCGUCUCGCCUCCCUGAGCCAGGCCCUGGACACCUACAAGAGCACCCCAGGGACCUCCCAGAAGCAUGUGACAGUGGCGGUCACCGAGUGGCAAGAGUCGGUGUCUGUGCUUGCGAACAGCUGUGCCCAGCUGGCCAGGGCAGCUGCCAAGCUCCGCAAAGCCUGCACAGAGGUGGUCAAUGAGGCGGCCGACAGGGCGGGCACCGCCACUGCCCGAGCCAGGGAGCUGGAGGCCGAGGCUGCCCCUUAUGGGACACUUCUGGAAAACAUGAUGGAGCUGGAUAUGGCCCUGGGCUGGGAGGAGGGGGCCGAGGGGGCUGCCAGGCCUGAAGCCCAGGUGAGGAGAGAUGCCUGGGUGGCUGACAGCGAGGCAACAACGGCCACCAUGGUGAAACGGCGGGUGGAGAAGGCCCUGGGGCUGCUGGAGCGCUUGGUGGCCGCGUGUGCUGAAGCCACCGCCUUCCCCCAGGAGCUGCAGCGCCUGCUCUGGGACAUCAAGGCCGCCCUGAAGGGGACAAAUGAGGUGUCCCCCAAUGUCCUCAAGGCCUUGGUGGCCAAGGUGGCCUUGGCUGAGUGGCUGUGGAAGGCCAACGCCCGCCUGGUCAAGGAUAACUUGCGGGGGACAGUUCAAAUCAUCAUUAAGGUGUAUUUCGAUGGUGACCCCGUCAGUUUCAGUGCCCGUGAGGUGACCGAGCGGUGCCAAAGAGCCAUCGAGGACAUCACAAGGCUCGUUCAACCCCUGGAGAUUCCCCAGGGCGUCCCCAAGGUGUCCCCAGUAAGCAUGGAACUCCAAGAGCCGUCCCUUUCCCCGCUGCUGGAGGCUCUGGUGUCCAUGGUGGCCACCCUGGGCAAGGUGGCGGCCACCGUGACCGGGCCACACCGGGGCGUGCGGCGCUGUGUGCCCCUGAAGUCCCUGCACGCGCCCCUGGGGAACUUCACCUGGAGCCUCUGUAAGACCCUGGACCACGGCGAUGUCACCUCCCUUGGCAACCGUGGUGUCACCUCCCUGAGCCAGGUCCUGGCCACCCUCAGGGCCACCCCUGGGACCUCCUGGACUGAUGCGAGAGCCGCGGCCAGCGCCUGGCGGGAGUUGGUGGCCGCACUGGAGCAGAAAUGGAAACGGCUGAAAGAGGCGGCCAUCAGGCUCCGUGAUGCCUGUGAGGAUGUGGCCCCUGCCCGCGCCGGGGACCUGCAGGGCGAGGCCACCCGCAGGGGGACAGCUGGGGACAACCUGGCAGCCAGGGCCCAGCAGCUGCCAGUGGCCCUGGACAGGGAGGAGGAGGCCUCAGCAGGGGCAAUGCACCAUGCCCAGGUGGCAGUGGCCACCAAUGAAGCUGUGGCAGAAGUUGUGGUGGCCACCAGGAGGGGACAGCAGGCAGAGGUGGCCCUGGGGCUGCUGAAGCGCUUGGUGGCUGCGUGUGACAAAGCCGCCAUGUUCAGCUGGAACAUGCAUUGCCGGCUCAGGGACAUCGAGACCAUGCUGCAGGUGACAAAUGACGUGUCCCCUGAUGUCCCCGAGGCCUUGAUGGCCAAAGUGGCCAAGGCUGAGCAGCUGUGGGAUGCCAGCGCCCGCCUGUUCAAUCAUCACCUGCUGGGGGCACUUAGGGAGAUCCACAGCCUCCUCUUGCGUCCCUAUGGUGGCCGUGGUGGCCCCAGUGGCCCCAGCAGCCGUGCAGUGGCCAAGCAGUGCCAAAAAGCCAUCACGGACAUCCCAAGGCUGCUUCAGGAUAGUGACAUCACUGCUGUGAUGUCAUCGUGGCAGUGACAUUGUUAGCAUUCAGGAACACAUAAUCACAAGAAAUUAUUGUAUGCAGGUGCUUUUAUUGAAGAGCUCUGGGUGUCAGGGGUACAAACCCAAAUCUGACUCCGACAUAGGUUCGGGGUGGAUAUGCUUUUAUGUUCUAUGGUUAUAUAACUUUCAUGUUAAUUAUUAAACUUACAUUGUUCUAUAGUAUACAUAGAUUUCAGCCAAGCAUAGCCACCUUAGACUAGGAACAUACAGUUUCUCAUUGUUCUUCUUAUGAUUAUACAAUAAUUAUUUUAAUUACUAAACAAUCAUCACAUCUAGCAAUUAUACUACUUACGCAGGUAAAACACAAGGCUUAACAUUUCAGAGAUUUAUCUUAGCAUUUUCCAGGGCCCAGCUAUCAACAUCAUUGGGGAUAUCGCUGCUGUCACCUGUCCCCUCCCUGUGCAGUAUUCGAGACAAGUCUGGGGAAUUUUCUGAGAAUUUUUAAUGAUAUUGUCCCAAAUCCUGAUGAGAAUUCCUGGGGUGAUGUCACUGGGAACACUCAGGGAUACUCUGAGACAGGGGACAGGGGUGAAUGAGUCCCCUCAGCAGCUUCCAGCUUUCCACUGUGCCUGCAGCAGAGCCAGGUCAUAAAUUGCAAUUUUAUAAUUGGCUUCUGCAAUUCUGCAUUGACUUCUGCACUUUUGUAUUGCCUUUUGUACUUUUGUAUUCCUUUUGCACUUUUGUAUUCCUUUUGCACUUUUGUAUUGCCUUGAACACAUUGUUACUGAUCACCAGCAAUCUGAUAUGGUGCUUGAUACUGGUAUUGAUGAUCAGUGACUCCUUGUGGCUGCUGGUUGGUGCAAUAUAAUCUGUCUGUUCAUGUGUGCACCAUAUAAACUAUAAAUAAAUUAAUAUUUAUUUUAUUAA